AGUGUCUCCUAGACGGUUGCGCUAUUUCUAGUUCGACUUAAAUAAUGUGAAUAUCGUUGCACUGUCUGUAUGGUGAUUCAAAUAGACGCAGGGGAGCGUUGAACACCUGAAGUUCAACAUGGCCACAGACUCGGAUAACGUUUUUAAAGGGCCUGUUCCUGGAAUUAAAUCAAAGUUCUCCACCGAGGAGUCCCUUGACGCUAAUAAGAAUCCAUUCCAAACUACACUUUCUCCAGCGCGAUCUUACCCCGGCCCACAGGGGCACGAAGAUGGAGAGAAGCACAAAUCCCAUCCCCUGAGGAGGCUGUCAUCUAAAUUUGAGAGUUUCGACUUUGAAGUUGCAGAAAACACUCACUUUUUAAAGCACAAUGAAGGUGUGGCUGAAAAAGAACAGGCAAAGCAUCUCAAAAGAGAGUCUAUGGCUAGAUACCUGGUCAGCAUCCUGACGGGCAUAGGGACAGCAAUCAUCGCUCUUGCUAUCAAAUUCAGCAUCCAUUAUCUUGCUGAUAUCAAAUUUGGACUCAUCGGGGACUUGAUGACAAAAUGCAGCCACACUGGGUGUACAUAUUUACCUCUCUUGGCGUUUGUCGGAGUGAAUUUAAUCUUAACAUUCAUUGGAUCAUGGAUGGUUACAUACAUUGAGCCAGCUGCAAUGGGAAGUGGUAUUCCCCAGAUAAAAUGCUACCUAAAUGGUGUCAGGAUACCAGGCUUGGUGUCUCUAAAGGCACUCAUCGUCAAGGCAACAGGUGUCAUCCUAUCUGUAUUGGGUGGACUUGCAUGUGGAAAGGAAGGUCCGAUGAUCCACUCUGGUGCUGCUGUAGCUGCCGGAAUAAGCCAAGGAAGAUCUCUAGUGUUAAAGCGAGAUUUUAAGAUAUUUCGUUACUUCCGCUCUGAUACGGAAAAACGAGAUUUCGUGGCUGCAGGAGCCGCUGCUGGGGUGUCUGCUGCCUUCGGAGCACCCAUUGGUGGAGUGCUCUUCAGUUUGGAGGAAGGUGCUAGCUUCUUGUAUCAAACAUUGACUUGGCGAAUGGUUGCGGCCUCUGUGACAGCUACAUUGACAAUCAAUAUAGUCGUAUCAUUAGUGCAUGGACAUCCCGAAAAUCUCUCAGAACCUGGCUUGAUCAGUUUUGGUCAAUUCUCUGAUAUUUACUACCUAAGUGUUGAGCUGCCUCUAUUCUUGAUGCAAGGACUUAUAGGUGGGAUUUUCGGUGCCGUUUACGUACAUCUAAACUACAAACUGACUGUAUUUAGAAGAGCGUAUAUCACUGAAAAAUGGAUGAAACUACUAGAAGCUUGUAUAGUGGCUGUAAUUAGUGCUUUGAUGCAUUUUAUGUUUGUUUGGGCCUCAAAUGAUUGUACAGAUAUUACUCCACAUGGCGCCCAUGUUAUGACUGUACAGGGAUUUUGUCCAGAUGGGAAACACAGUUCAAUGGCUACAAUCUUUAUGAAGGCACCAGAGGGAAGCCUUAUAGGAAUGUUACAUAAUGAUAUAAAAUACUACGAACCACUUGGUCUCUUGAUUGCCAUGGUUUUCUACUUCCUUUUGGCCACGUGGACGUACGGCAUCAGUGUUUCUAGUGGUCUCUUCAUCCCAUCUCUCCUUAUUGGAGCAAUGUGGGGACGUCUUUAUGGCAUCGGGGUUUCCUACUUUGUUCCUUCUGCUGCUGCACAUAUAGGCAAAUAUGCUUUGAUUGGUGCUGCAUGUAACUUAUCAGGGGCUGUUAGAAUGACGAUCAGUCUUACUGUGAUUGUAAUAGAAUGUACAGGUGAUAUCACAUUUGGAAUGCCCAUGCUCUUGUGUAUGAUGCUGUCAAAGUAUUCUGCAGAUUUCUUUAACAAGGGUAUCUACGACACCCACAUUGAGCUGAUGGGUGUACCACUGUUGGAGUGGGAACCACCAGAGUUGUGUGCCACAGUCAAAGCAAGAGAGGUGAUGAAUGCCCCUGUUGUAGUUCUUAAACCCCUUGAGACAGUUGGAAGAAUCCUUGAUGUCCUGAAAGAAGAACCUCAUAUGGGUUUCCCAGUAGUUGCCAGUUAUGAUCCUGAAAAUGCUAGGCAAGGCAAUACAUUUGGUAGAUUGCAAGGACUGAUGACACGUUCACAGUUGAUCUUACUGCUGCAUGAGAGAGUUUACAAAGACAACAAGAGAGAUUUAGACAUUUCCUUUGAAGAUAUCGAAGCUAAACUUAGAAAUGUGAAGGGCAUAGAUAUACCAGAUAAUGAUAGGGAGCUGAUGAUAGAUCUGAGAUCAUAUAUGAACCCAACGCCAUUUUCUGUAUCGACGAAUGUAUCACUACCUCGUAUGUUCAAAUUGUUCAGAGGUCUGGGCUUACGUCAUCUUAUCGUCGUCAAUGACAAAAACGAGGUUGAAGGCAUUGUGACAAGAAAAGAUUUAGCUAAAUAUAGAGCACAUGGAGAAUUAGGGAAAAUAAAAUUGCAUCAUCUGGAGGUAGUACAGUAAUGAUCUAUAUGAAUAAAGUGUACUACAAUGAGUGAAUAUUUAUAAAGUAGAUGAAUACUUUAUUGUUUGUUAUGGUGGCAUGAACCUUAUUGCCGAAUGACAGAG